CACACGGCCAGACAGUGAUAGUGAUACUCCCUCCAUGCCUUUAUCUAUCUGCAGACACCUCGAACGGCGCUCGUUAAUUAAGACGAAUGCGCCACCAGCUCCCGAUAAUGGCAACCACGUCUGGACUUUCUUCACAAGGAGAUAAGGGGGAAACGUGGCACUGACUGAACCCGCAUUGCAUCACGAACACCCGGUAGCCUACGCCGCUGCCGAUACAGCUCGAGCUUAUUUAUAUAAUACAUUAUUUAUAUAAUACAUAAUUUGGCAAAAAAUGACGUUCACAGUCACACACUCACAUUUGACGGGGUAGCUCUGCUGUCGCUCCGGGGCCAGCUGCUGUCUGAAUGCAUGCGCAUCGACGCGGAUGAACGCAGCAGUGUUCAGAAGUUUGAGGUGCUGUGUGCGCACAACCAAUCAAGGCACCAGCAACAGGCCACCAGUUUUCACGUUUACCCGAGGUGCAGAAGAGUGAAUGAGACAGGAGAUUGGAGUGGAGCGCCUCUGCUUGUGGAUGGACCACUGAUCAAGAGGGAAAGUAAGCUUGGAAGUUGGAGUUUAUGCACGAAACGCGCAGAGAUAUUCCUCAUUUUUAUUCACUCUGUUACACGAAGGAUGGAGGGGCGCAGCUGACGGUUAGGGAUCGUAGCCUCGAAGAGGAUAAACACACCGAAGGAACCGAACUGCCGGACGAGGGAAAUAUGUAUGGGCGUUACACACAGGAGCUCGGUGUGUACGCCAAGGAGGAGGCGGCCCGCCUGCGUGAUGGCGGGGGGCUGCGGAGGGUCACCAGUGUUCGCAGUCGGUCGGCAGAGCUGCUGGAGUAUGAGAAAGACCCUUGCGCUAAGUGUCAUGUGUGUACGUCUCGCUGUCAGAAGUUCCUGAUCUCGCGUGUGGGCGAGGACUGGAUCUUUCUCAUCCUACUGGGUCUGGUCAUGGCCCUGGUCAGCUGGGUGAUGGACUAUGCUAUCGCCUUUUGUCAGCAAGCUCAGAAGUGGAUGUACGGGGGACUGGACAGUAACAUGCUCCUGCAGUACCUGGCAUGGGUCACCUACCCAGUGGUGCUCAUCACUUUCUCAGCAGGGUUCACACAGAUACUGUCCCCGCAGGCUGUGGGUUCGGGUAUCCCAGAGAUGAAAACCAUUCUGAGAGGCGUAGUGCUGAAGGAAUAUCUCACCUUUAAAACCUUUGUGGCCAAAGUUAUUGGGCUGACCUGUGCUCUGGGCAGUGGCAUGCCCCUGGGAAAGGAGGGCCCGUUUGUUCAUGUGGCCAGUCUCUGUGCAGCCCUCCUGAGCAAGUUUUUGGCUGCCUUGUUUGGUGGACUCUACAAGGAAGAGCCCUUUGAGGGAAACAAGAAUGAGCUGAGGAACACUGAGAUGCUAUCAGCAGCGUGUGCAGUGGGGGUAGGCUGCUGCUUCGCUGCCCCCAUUGGAGGUGUGCUCUUCAGCAUUGAGGUAACGUCUACGUUCUUUGCGGUGAGGAACUACUGGAGGGGCUUCUUCGCUGCCACCUUCAGCGCCUUCAUCUUCAGAGUAUUGGCUGUGUGGAACCAGGACGAAGAGACCAUCACAGCCCUCUUUAAGACACGUUUCCGCCUGGACUUCCCCUUUGACCUCCAGGAGCUGCCAGCCUUUGCCAUCCUGGGGAUUGCGUGUGGUUUUGGUGGGGCUCUCUUUGUCUACCUGAACAGACUGAUAGUAGAGUGUAUGAGGAAACAGAAGACAAUCAACAAGUUCCUGCUCAGGAACUCCUCGCUCCAUGUCAGACGUCUGGUGUAUCCUGCUAUGGUCACCUUGAUCAUCUCAACCCUCACCUUCCCCCCUGGGUUUGGACAGUUCAUGGCUGGACAGCUGACGCAGCAUGAGUCCCUGGUGGCGUUGUUGGACAACCGAACAUGGUGUCGGCAGGGCGUUGCCGAGGAGUUUGACUACAUCAGCCACUCCCAUGCCUGGAAACACCCCCAGGUUAACGUCUUCAUCACUCUCAUCCUCUUCAUCGUCAUGAAGUUCUGGAUGUCUGCAGUAGCUACCACCAUGCCUGUGCCAUGUGGGGCCUUCAUGCCAGUUUUCCUCAUUGGUGCGGCAUUUGGACGUUUGGUAGGCGAGACCAUGGCAGUCAUGUUCCCUGAUGGCAUCCAUGCUGAUGGCAGUGUCUAUCCUAUAGUGCCUGGCGGCUAUGCUGUAGUGGGUGCAGCGGCGUUGUCGGGGGCAGUGACUCACACGGUGUCGACAGCAGUCAUCGUGUUUGAGCUGACGGGUCAGAUCAGCCACAUCCUGCCGGUGAUGAUAGCGGUGAUCCUGGCCAACGCCGUUGCCCAGUCCCUCCAGCCCUCGCUAUACGACUCUAUCAUCAGGAUCAAGAAACUACCCUAUCUCCCUGAACUGGGCAUGGGGCACCACGAGAAGUAUAACAUCCGUGUGGAGGACAUCAUGGUUAGAGACGUGCGUUACAUCACUCUCUCCUCCUCCUACCGAGAGGUACAGGAGGUCCUGAUGACUGGACAGCUGAAAACACUGGCCCUGGUUGAGUCCACAGACUCUAUGAUCCUGUUGGGUUCUAUAGAGCGCUCCCAGCUCCAGUCACUCCUGUCCCUCCAGCUGGGUCCAACGCGCAGGCUCGACCACCUCCGGAGGCACGCCCAGGACAACGGCACACACACACACACACUGGGCGCGCACACACACCUGGACACCAUGGACAGUCCCCCCAGCCCACCCUGCACACACACACACUCCUACACCUCCAACUCCUCCAAUACCAGCGCACGCCAUGGGGUUCGCUUCCUGAUCUCAACAGAGGAGUCCUCCUUCAGUGCAGCUGUGUCCAACUCUCAGCUGCCACUCAAAUCUGCAAUGAAAACUGUCCCUACUAUUCACAACACAGAGACACCCAACAGUAUACAUACUCUCUCAAUUAAUAGAGACACGCCGACUCCCUCUCCUCUGUCAGGCUCUCAGCAGACCCUUUCCUGUGGUGACCCUGAGAGAGAGCUACUCGAGAGCCCGGCAGAGCCAGAGGCUCCUGAGAGCAGGGGGCCCAAACGAGUCAGGAUCUCCAUGGCGGCGGAGUCCCCUGAAGUAGAGGAUGACAUGACCACAAACGAAAUAGCAGAGUGGGAGGAGCAACAGCUGGACGAGCCAGUGGAUUUCAACAACUGCAAGAUAGACCCCGCCCCUUUUCAGCUUGUGGAGCGGACAUCUCUGCAUAAGACUCACACCAUCUUCUCCCUGCUGGGACUGGACCAUGCCUAUGUGACCAGUACAGGGCGGCUGGUGGGCGUGGUCUCCCUCAGGGAGCUGCGUAAGGCCAUAGAGGGUUCAGUGACGGUGACAGGGGUGAAAGUUCGCCCCCCUCUGGCCAGUUUCCGUGACAGCGGCAACACUACCAGCGUUUCCGAGGUGACAGAGCUGCACAAGCUUUGGAACCGCCACAGAGGCCUCUCGUUACCACGGGAACCCACCCCGCCCGACAUGGAGGACCAAUUGGACGUUAUGGAUGAGGAGACCCCUGUCCACUUCAUACAGGACCAAUCAGAUAUGGAGUUUGAAACCAUCCCCACUGACAAUACGGACCCGCCAUCGGAAUUGGUCCUUCAGGAAAGCCUCUCAAUAACAGAGGACCAAACAGAGGAGUUUAUCUUAGAGUGCAGCCCUUCCCACACUGACGAAUCAGAGCUGGCCUGUGAUUUUGACCCCUCCCACCUCCCUGAGACUGACGAAUUGGAGCCGGCGAAGGAACAUGGAACCCCACCACAUGGAACCACACCCCAGAACAUAGAGCAAAUGGACCAAUCAGAACUGCAGUGUAAGCGAAGUCCCAACCGCACUGAGGACCAAUCGGAAUGACAGAAGGGGCGAGGGACAGUUAGGAGUUGCUUCGUGGUUCGUUGAGGUUUCUACAACCUUAGAGGUCACGUUCACCUGAAUCUGUCUGUGUCCACAAUGUAUUGUGUGCGCGUGUGAUGGUGUAAAUGAGCUCGUAUUCCUGUGUGAGUGAUCGAGUAACUGAGUGAAUGUGACAACAUGGUUCUGUGUUUAACAAAGUGUUUUGGGGUGUGUGUGUGUGUGUGUGUGUGUGUGUGUGUGUGUGUGUGUGUGUGUGUGUGUGUGUGC